AUGGAGAAGGCAGAAAAUCCAUCACCGAGUUUCCCAGAACCGGAAGACGCCGCAGUGGUUGCAGCGGCUCCCAAGAACACUUCUGGAGUGGCGUUGCCGGAGUCCUCCGGAGCACGACAGCAAUGCUGCCAUGAAUCCGAGGCCACAACCGCUGAAGAAACCACGGGACCACCGCCGAUCAAUUGGAAUUUGUCCUGGUAUGAGAUCUUAGGCGUGGCGCGCUCCGCGCACUCGACCACGCUCAAGGCGGCCUACAUGAGGCUCUGCGCCUUAUAUCACCCAGACAAAGCGGGCGUCGCGCACACGAGCACCAUGCAGCGGAUCAAACAUAUCUGGUCCAUGCUCUCCAGUGCUGCGACACGUAAGGCGUACAAUAAGAACCCGCAAGACUUCCCUUUCCCGGGGAGCACCUGGAGGGCAGAUGCCAACGGAAUGUUCGCCGCAGAGGGCGGUGCUCCCGAUUACCCCCCAGACCCUGGCAUGCAGAGCGACGCCUCCAAGGACGCGCCGGACUUGAUGCCCAGCUUCACCCUGAGGUGGGAACCGGUCAAUGUUGCAGCGGUGGAGAAGGCUCUGCAGUUGGCCACCGUGCGCAGCGUCAGCAUGGAGCACUACGACUGCUUCGAGAUCCUGCUGAGCAUCCGCAAACGGGCCGUGAAAGUCCGCCGCGGCCAAGGCCAAAUCCCUGUGGUAGAACGGAGGAGUGAAACCGUGGGGAGCUUGAAGAACCGCAUUUACAGUGGAAUCAAAGGCAUCGAGCGCAGCAAGCUACCGGGGUGCAUCAUCGCAGAACUCGACAAAGGAGUACCCUCGGAGCUUGCGGGUCUGAGCAUCUUUGCCUUCAGCAAAUGCAUCCGCUACCUCUGCCGAAGCGGGUUAGGCGUCAGCGAAAUCGACAUCGUGAACGCGGUCUUCUCCGUCUUCUGUGAGAUACUGGACGUCCCCGAGGCCAUUCGAAAUUACAGGGACAACCGCGACCAGGUCCUGCAGGAAGUCAGAGCCUGGCUAGAAUUCAAGUCUAGCAAGCCGCUCACCCGGGACACCGUCAAAGAACUGUUCAUUUCACUCGGCUUUGGAGGGUCCGUGUGGACCUGGAUGCAAGAGCACCUUCCGGAGCCGGUGGAACUCGACGGCGAAUGGGGUUCCUACCUGGAGAGCUUCGAGGACGCCAUGGCAGAAGCGUUGCAGAAGAUGCGCGCCACGUGUGGCCCCAUGGCCUUCUCUCCUGAGCACGAUGGUGUUGCGGGGCGGGGCGACCCUCAGAAGCUCUUGGAAGCGUGUUCCACGGCGGUCGCGCCACUCCGGGUUGCCAUAAAGGAAUACCCGACGGACCCCUUCGUCUCCUUUCGCAGGCGCUUCCCCGAACUUGAUUGGGACAUCAGAGCAGACACUACCAUUCAGGAUUACGCUGGCCUGCUGGCGAAGUGUCGGGGUUAUAUCGCCGAGAGCACUGAAACAGUCAAUGCCAAAAGGUUCACCUUCGCGCAGCUUGUGGCCGCGCAGCUCUCCCCUGUCGUCAACGUGCCAGCUGCAGAGGGUGAGAAGCGAACGCACUUUGAGAUGUUCACCGGUUACGGCAACUGGAACAGCCGCCACCGCGACGACCUGACGGCCAUCACCAUGAGCAUCCUCCGAGAGCUGGUGAAGCCGGCCAUCCGCAUGAAGUGGCAGCGCAGCGAAGUGGCGCCGGACCCGCCGCCACCCCUCAACAACAUCACCUUCGCCGCGUCGUUGGGCGACGCUGUCCUGGGCCUAUUGGCAGCCAGGCCUCCCUACGCACAGCUGGAUGGCGAUGUCACGCGCCACAAAGUAUUGCACAGCGACGGCGUGGUCUACCAUUUCGACGCGAAAACGUUGCAGCCCGCCAGGCCCGAAGACCGCAUGGAGAUCGCAGACAUAGCCGCAAACGUGUUCGAGAAGAUUACUGACUAUUGCCGCCGCGCACCGAAAGCAGUCAACCAAGAGUUGUGCGACGUGCUGCUCUCCAUCUCGCGGCGUUGCGAGGUGCUGGCUGUGCUGAUUAAGUUCGCAGGUUCAUGGGAGUUAGUGAUUUGGCUGCUGCGGUGCAUGUCCCGCUGCGCCUGCGGCAGCGCGAGGUUCUGCAAGUUCCUCUACCUCUAUGGUCCGGGAAGCUCAGGCAAAGAUGUGGUCAUGCUCCUCUUCCUCAUGUUCUUCGGGGAAGGUCCGGACAACCUUGGCUGCGUGCUCAAUGGCAGCUUCAUCGUGGACGCCCAUGGCGGACAGGUGAACAAGGAGGCCGCGUCACCGUUUCUUGCGGCGACGCAGGGGAAGCGCUUCAUCUGGGUAAGCGAGGUGCCGCAACACAAAAACUUACAAAUCGACCUCAUCAAGCAGUACUGCGAACAGCAUGGAGCGCCAAUGACGUGCCGGAAGCUCUACAAAGGCCCCGCUACCUUCCGUCCCAUCGGCAUGCUCGCGGCGACGUCCAACCACGCAGUCUCCAUCACGAACAAGGACGACGACGGCUUCCACAGGCGCGCUCGGAUCUGGCAGACCACGCAGACCUUCCGUCCUAAACCGAAGAAACUCACAGAACACAAAGCCGAUGACACGUUCAAAGCGCGUAUCCUCAAGCGUGAGUUUAACUCGCAGCUUGUGUGGCUUCUGCGCGGUCUCUGGGACACAUUGGGCUGCGACGUCAACCCAGGCACCACACUCCUCCCCAUUCCGGAGUUCAUGAAAGAGUUGGAGGCGCUCAGCGCAGGCGGUGGCUCCCAAGAUACGCUGCUGUCCUGGAUCGCUGAUUGCUGCGAGCCCGUGGAGCGCAAGAACGCCACGGAAAUUCAGGAAUUCAAGAAGGCCGCCGCAGAUCGCUUAAGCGUCUCCUUGAUGCAAAUCGGCCCGGUCUUAACCGCCGCCGGCAUCAAUCCACAGGGAGUGCCAAACGGCCGCAUCCACAGUGGUCCCAAGAUGGCACGCCUGGCCUGCGUGUGA